AUGGCUCUCAUUCAGCUGGAAUACAGCCAUGUAUUGGGCAUAGGGGCAGUUCUACUGUGCUUGGUAGUACUUUGGCAACUAUUUCUUUCACCCCUGAGGGCCUUCCCAGGUCCUUUUGUUGCGAAGUUUACUGAUCUUUGGCGUGCUGCCGCUGUAAUACCGGGACGAAUCGACAGUGUCAACCGCAGAUGGCACAAGAAAUAUGGCUCUGCUGUUCGGGUUGGCCCCAAUGCCAUCAUUCUCAACGACCCGGAGAUGAUCAAGACUGUGUAUUCAACAAAGAAGGCUUGGGUCAAGAGUGACAUGUACAUGAUCAACGAUGUCCUGAUUAAUGGCAAACGGCUGGCCAACAUCUUCAACACCAGGGAUCUUGCAUGGCAUGCACAACAAAUCAAGCCGAUCUCCAAGUUCUUCUCCAUGAGUCGACUCAUGGACAUCGAGCCCCUAUUGGACGUUGCAAUCAACAUGCUCACGUCCAAGCUCAACGAAAAGUUUGUCGAUGGGCCAUCAAAGGGCAAAGUGUGCAUGAUGGACGACUGGCUAGGCUGGUUGGCUUGGGACUCUAUGGCAAACGUCACCUUCGGGAGACACUAUGGUUUCAUCGAGAAGGAGCAAGAUGUUGAUGGUUUGAUCAAGGAUUCUGUCAACUCGAUGCGUUACUUUGCCUCUGUCUGUCAAAUUCCCUGGCUCGACUAUCUCCUUGACAAGAACCCUAUCAAGCGAAUCGGGCCCAAGCCGCAGCUCACAGGCACCAUGUACGCGGUGAGGGCCAUCUCAGAAUACAAGCAAGAGAUUGCCGAAAAGGGGUUGAAAUCCCAGAACGUUCCUCAUCUUCUUGACAAGUAUCUUGGUCUGGAGGAGCAAUAUCCGGGGAUGGUCAACGACGCUCAGCUUGUGAAUUGGCUUCUGCCUACGGUAAUCGCUGGAGGCGACACAACGGCUUCGGCCAUGCGUGCUGUGGUGUACUUUUUGGCCAAGAAUCCAGAGGCGAAGCAGAAGCUCUGUUUUGAGCUUGAUCAAGCGAGCCUGGAAACUCCGGCUCAGUGGAAAGACUUGAAAGAGCUGACUUAUCUGGAUGCUGUUAUUCGAGAAGCUAUGCGGAUUUGUCCUGGCAUCGGUCUUGCCCCGGAGCGUGUCGUCCCCGAGGGCGGUCACGUCCUUCCAGACGGUCGUUUUCUUCCAGCUGGGACAAAGGUCGGCCUGAAUCCCGCGGUUACUAGCCGAGAUCCUGGCGUCUUUGGUGCUGAAGUUGAAUCCUUUAUCCCCGAGAGGUGGCUCAAACAGGAUGGUGAGGCAGAGGACCUGUUUAAUCAGCGGUUCCGCCGAAUGCACGAAGUCUUGGACUUUGUUUUUGGAGGAGGAACACGCGUCUGCUUGGGGAAGAACUUGGCCAAGCUGGAGAUUUACAAGACUAUUGCGACGCUGUACAGCCUCUACGACAUAAACCUCAUUGAUCCGACACAUGAGUGGAAGCACUAUAGCUCCUGGUUUAUAUAUCAGUUGGAUAUACCUACGGCCAUCUCACGUCGGGCUUAG